UAAAUAUGAUAUUAAAUGAAAUGUUGGGCUUUCAACCCUUUCAAAAAUGGUAAAUUAUGUAAUGGUCUGUUGGGCCGGCCCAAUAAGGAGGAUAGAUGGCUGUCCAUAUCUUUAUAUUCCUCGCGAAACGGCGGAAAUUCAACCUUUCUGCCCAACGCUUCCGACACGCCGAUCCCUAAAACCUACCGCAGCACAUACACUUCGUCAGAGUACGGAAGGAUGUCAGAGACUCCUUUUAGACCACGAGAGGUACUUCGUGAAAAGCAGAAGUAUUUCCAAAAGGUGCAAAAACACACCUACUUGAAGGGACCAUUUGACAAGAUCACCUCUGUUGCAAUUCCUGCUGCAUUAGCAGCCACUUCAUUGUUUAUGAUCGGACGUGGGAUCUACAAUAUGUCUCAUGGAAUCGGAAAGAAAGAGUGAGGUGAAAAAUCUUGCUUGAUGUCCGACAAUAAUUAUCUGCUUGUGUUUCAAAGACUUGUGCUCAUGGACUUGAACAGUUUUUUUGGUCCUGAGUUCCAUGUUUAAUGUUUACAUCCGCUAAUAAUUGUUUAUUUGUGGACUUUGUUACAAGUUCUUGAAAUUUUACCAUUUAUGGCCUUUCCUUUUCCCUUUCAAUUUAGUUUUCCUGCCACAUAAUCAAAGGCCGGGCGGGCUUAA